ACAAACGGCAACGGCUGCAAGGCAUCCAUGAGCAUUGUUGUUAAUAUUAGUCCUGUCAGAUAUGAUGGCAGUGGGAUUUCUCUAAGAUAUCUCUCUUCCUCCUCCACUUACCUUCUCCACACCUCUCACUCUCAGUUUCAGUCAUCCCCACUUCGAUCUCGUCUCUCUCUCCUCUGCUUCUCCUCUCCCCCUGCUGCAGAUAUGGAUGGUGGCGGAGGUCCAAGUUUGUUUCCAUUGCACCGAUGCAAAACUCUUCAUCUGGUGAGGCAUGCACAAGGGAUCCACAAUGUAGACGGAGAUAAGAACUACAAAGCAUACUUGCGUCCUGAAUAUUUUGAUGCACAACUUACCCAACUAGGCUGGCAGCAGGUUGAUAAUUUACGAAAGCAUGUUCAUGCCAGUGGGCUCUCCAAGAGGAUCGAUUUAGUCAUUACAUCCCCUUUGCUAAGGACUGUACAAACUGCUGUUGGAGUAUUUGGCGGUGAGGGCUACACAGAUAGGACGGAUGUACUGCCUCUAAUGGUGGCAAAUGCAGGAAACAGUGGCCGUGCUGCAAUCUCAAGUCUUAACUGCCCACCAAUUCUAGCAGUAGAACUUUGUCGAGAACAUUUGGGAGUUCACCCUUGUGAUAAAAGGAGAAAUAUCAGUGACUACCAGUUCAGUUUUCCUGCAGUUGAUUAUUCACUGAUAGAAACUGAUGAGGAUAUAUUAUGGAAGGCCGAUAUAAGGGAGACGAAGGAAGAAGUUGCAUCUAGGGGAUUGAAGUUCAUGAACUGGCUGUGGACACGGAAAGAGAAGGAGAUAGCAAUUGUUACCCAUAGUGGAUUCUUGUUUCACACUCUAAGCUCAUUUGGAAAUGAUUGUCACCCGUUGGUGAAAAGUGAAAUAGGCAAACACUUUGGAAAUUGCGAGCUUCGUUCUAUGGUCAUUGUCGAUCGAAGCAUGAUAGGUUCAGAUGAAUCCACAACUAAUUAUCCAGGAAAGAUUCCUCCUGGACUGGAUCUCCCUAGUGAUGCUGAGGAUGAGAAGAAACUAGAGAAAUAAGGGUCAGAUUCUGGAUUUACAUAGACAAAGAAGUGCUACAACAUAUCAUAUACUAAGAUAAGAGCAUUAUUUGAAGCUUGGGCUUCUCUUACUCUACAUUCCUAGUUGUUGUGGUAAAUACCUUUGAAAUUUAUUUUCACCUAAAUAAGAUUUGAAGUUGGGCUAAUCAAGAAGGGAUGAUCAAUGAUUCAAUUUUGAAUGAAAAUUAUAUGAACUAGAUCAUUAGUUGGUAGGAGCACUGUAGUAGAGCUGCCCCGGACCAACUUAGGCCGAUUCAAGCCUGUUCCCUCACCAUGUUCUUCCUAUAUCUCCUUAUUACAACCAUGAAUGACACCUUCUUGUUUUCACCA